GUGAUCUAGGAACAGGAAAAACCAGUAUAAUCAAACGUUAUGUUCAUAACCUUUCUUCCAUGAACUAUAAGAGUACUAUUGGUGUUGACUUUGCUCAAAAAAUCUUACAAUGGUCACCGGACACAUUGGUUAGAUUACAAAUGUGGGACAUCGCUGGGCAUGAAAAAUUUGGAAACAUGACAAGAUUUUAUUAUAAAGAAGCCGUUGGGGCCCUCAUUGUGUACGACGUAACACGGUCUUACACUUUUGAAGGAGUCUCCAAAUGGAAAUCCGAUCUAGAUCAGAAAGUAACCUUGCCAGAAGCUUGGGGUGGCGGUCCUAUUCCAGUUGUAUUGCUGGCUAAUAAGUGUGAUCUUAACCAUGAAGGACCUAAUACAAAAUCUGAUGCCGAAAUAUCACAAUAUUGUGAAGAGAAUGGUUUCGCAAAAUGGUUUAAGACUUCGGCAGUGAAUAAUAAAAACAUUGAAGAAGCUGCACGGUUCUUGGUUUCAGAAAUUGUGAAAAUCGAUCAAAAGAACGAUAGGAAGGAAAACCAUGGUUAUUUAACCAACAGAAAUGAUGAAACCAUAAAAAUUGGAAGCGAAAAAGAAAAACCUAGUCGUUGCUGCUGA